ACAAUAGUGGCUGCAUCUCUGGAUUAGUUGAAGGGGGUUGGAGAAGGAAAGGAGGGGUGAAUCCUCUUUGAGGAGGAGACAGAGAGCAUGCUCAGUCCUGAGAGACAGGCUACUGGUGCACACAUGUACCUUCCCUGUGAUGAGCUUUCUACUCUUUUACGAACACCCAAUGUAAGGAUAUGAACAAGGAGAUGUUGAUGAUUUGAUAAAUUCACUUUUGGACAUUGAACAGAUUUGUACAAAGGAUGCACUAAAGAAGCUCUGCUUUUGGGGGUGAACUUUGACACCAUGGCUGGAUUUUGCAGCUGCUUUGGGGACAAAAAUUAAGACAUGAAACGUCGGACGUCAUCGCAGAACUCUGCCGUUGGAGGCAGUCCAAGUGAUUGUGACAUCAUGGCCUCGGGAUCUCCAGACGUCACAGUCUCUGCUGAACCAUCAGAAGCUGCAGAAGAGUGUUCAGGGAAAAAGAAGUCCAAAUUCCAGACGUUCAAGAAUUUUUUUGUAAAGAAAAAGAGGAAGGAAAGUCCUGCACCUUUGAGUGAAAGUGGUUUGAAGGCCAGUCAAUCGAGUGAUGACAUCAACACCUCAGAGCCAACCAUCAGCCAUGCCAACAGCAGCAAUGACCACGGAUCCAAGAUAAACUUGGGAAGCAAAGCCAUGUCACAUGAUAGUGUCUUCGUGUCGGAUUCACCCUCAUCAGAGACUAAUGAGGGUCUGGGGGCGUCCCAGGACAACAUUCAUGGGAAAGUGAAAUCUCUUCAGCUCCAGCUGAAGCAGGUGAUUCGUCUGGGCUCUCCGCCAUCACUCCGGUGCGGGAGGAAAGGAGAGCAUGCAGGGGCUCUUUCUGAAGAUGAUGGUCUUCCCUGCAACCCCCCGGAUUACUCCAGCCUCCACCCUGUGCUGGCCACACCUCCUCACACAUCGGUGGAUUUGACCCAGAGUUCCUUGAGCAUGGAGGCUUCAGACAGUGAAGAUGAUCAGAUGUCUUGUGAAGCUUCUUCGAGACCUGGCACACCUCAGGGCUCCGUCCUCGUAGACUUCAGUUUGCCCGCCAGCUCCAUCUCCUGCUUAGACAGCUCAGCUGCACAUCACCGCAUCGCUGUCAAAGCCAACGCUUGUGUCAAGAGAAAGCCUGCCAGCAAGCAAAUAUUGGACAAAAGAAGAGACCUGAGAGAAAAAGUUCUACUCAGAGACACAGAGGACAAACUGCGGAUGAUGGUCACAACUAUUGAAGAAGAACAGAAAAAUUUGCCCGGAGAACAGGUGAAUGAUUCAGAUGUUGAGUCAUAUGCUUCUGAACAAGAGGAAGAGGAAGUGACUGACUCCGGCCAGUGUCAGAAAACUUCUCCAACAUCCUCCAUCUCAGCCAGAGACGUCUCUGAAGGAGAGGAACAUCACAUCCCCAAGUCUGAGGUCCCAGAAUCCUCUUGGGAGAGUCCAGUAACACUCGAACUGCAGGCCGAAGACUUCCUGUUGGACACAGGAUGUGAGGUCGUUCCUGAGGAGCAGGGGUCAUUGCUGGAGGAAGUGCUGAGCUCCCUGAAGAGCCCUCUUGCAUCAGGACUAGCCCUGGAGCAUGAGAACAUGCUUCUUCAGAGUGAGGAGGAAUACAUAAAUAGUGAGAGCACAGUUUCUCGGCUUGAGGAAGACAACAAAGAUCUUCUCGAUUCCUCAGAGCCUAUGGUGCAAACUCCUCUGCCAAACUCGCUUUCAGAGUCAUGUGUAGAUUCAGAAGAGCAGCUGGAGGUGCCAGAGUCUGCUGAUGUACAGACACAAGCAGACGAGGAGGACCAAGAGUUAGUACAAUCACCAAACGCUCUCGCAGUAAAUGUGACCGAACAAGAUGAAGAUGCGGUUGAGGAUGAAGCUGAAAUGGAGACCGAAAGCAAAGAUGCUGGAGAUGAAGAUGAUGAAAUGAUGGCGGUGGAACCUGAGAAAAGGGAGGACUCUACUAAUGAUGUUGGAGGUCAGACAGAUUCUCUAGAGCCUGAGAAAGAAGAGACUUCAGGGGACCAAAGAGAAUCAGCUGCAAUCAAUGUGGAGAACGUUCCUGAAUCUGAUCCGACAGUCAGAGAUGAUGAGGCCAGUGAUGAGCCUGAAGCCUCUGAAGCUCCACCUGUUGAGGUCUUUCUGUCGACUUCCGACAUGCUUGAUGUGUCUGAUGAGCCUCAGGAAGUGUCUUCAGAAGAACUUGAGGUUGUUUCUGAGCAGCAAGACCAGCAAGUUUUUGAGUCGCCUACAAGAGAACUGAGGAGAAUCGCUGAGGUUGGACCUCGGUUCACCAUCACCCCUGCGUGGCAAAAGUCUUUGGCUUCUGGAGGCGCCCAAGAGCAGUCCCAGACCACCUCACCGUUUCCACCAGAGACUGAUGCUUCUGAUGAAUCUCCACAAACAACUGAACUCAUCACUCCUGUAAAAGAAGAACUGCCCAAAGCAGCCCGAGCUCAGAGUUCCCCAACAGAGGUCAGCCCAGAGAACCCGUUUGGAGUGCGUUUGAGAAAGACUCCAAUCCCGCACCGCUUUGGUUUAGAUGGAGAAUCACCUUGGACCCCCGUGCAGUCUUCAGGGGCGCAGGAGACCCUGGACCGUGAGCAGAGCAGCAGGAAACCCAUCCUGCCAAAGAAGCCCGAUCUGUUAUUAGACACUGUGAUGUCGGCCAGGAAAAUCCCAGACACAGUGGGAAGAAUAUCUGUUGGUAGUACUGCGUCUCCGAGCUGGAUCUCUGUGGCCAGACAGAAGCAGAGGAACUUCAUCGAGAACUCGCCAGAAAACUCUCCAGAGAAACUUCCCGCACAGGGGGAUGUCAAAAGACAGGAUUCUCCGGCCACUUUAUCAAAUCCAGUCGUCAAAGAGCAACUGGCACAGCCGUGUUCACCUUUACAAGUGUUCUGCUCCCUUGAACUGAACAACUCAUCCAUGGUAGAGAAGGAAAGUAAGAGAAGCGCUAACCCAUCCGCUGCACCCCUGGCCCAAGAUGAGCCUCCCUGGCUGGCUCUCGCUAAGAAGAAGUCCAAAGCAUGGAGUGAAAUGCCCCAGAUUGUUCAGUGAGAAGCCCAGCUGGCAUAUAGACUGCAUAAUCCUCCUCUAUAUUUACAUACACAUGAACAAAACUUUGCUUAAUCAGCCCAGUGUCAUUUAUGUUGUUUGACGUCAUAAAGGAGACGGAUGCACAGUAGACUGGGGCUUAUGGGUAAUACGUUGCAUUUGUAAUUUGGUUUGCAACAAAAGACAUUAAAUUUUUUUUCAAACAGACACAGGUCAGAGUUCACAAUGCUUCAAACUGAGGAA